UAAUGAAGUGAUUACUCAGCCCACAAAACAACCACCGCUGUUUUUUGGCCUUUCUUCCCUCCAAUCACUCACUCACUCACUCGGUCACACACCAUUCCUAGUACUACAUACAUCAAACUACCUAACUACCCUUCCAAAUCCCAAUCCAAAUAUUUCACUCUUUCCACCACACCACACUCCAACACUCCCAUUUCCAAUGGCAACAACACUAGAGUGUUGGUCAAGCCGCACCACCACUACCACCACAACAACCACCACCGAUGAAGACACAGUUGAACAACAACAAGUUCUCAUGAGAACACAUCACAGAUCCGAACUUUCUUCUUCUUCUUCUUCCAUUACUUCUCUUUCUCUUCCUUCCAAAGACUCGUCAAUUCUAAUUCACAAGAACAACAAGUUUCACAAACUCAGUCGUAAUUUCACUGAUGCAAUUACAUCUUUCAAAAACACACUCAAUUUCAAUAAUAACAAUAACAAUACUGAGUCUUUUGCUUCUUCUAAGAAACUUGCUUGGGCUUCUGUUCUUCGUAAUCUUACUCAACUUUACCCUGGAACUCAAUUACCUGAUAAUCUUAUAUCUACCAUUCGUAAUCAUUACCAUUCUCUUCCUCUCAGUUAUGCACAGGCAGAAUUUGAUAUGAAGGAUGUGUUUCUUCACAUCAAGUUGAUGGAUCAGGCAAUGGAAAGUGAUCAGCCUGCGAUUUUGAUUCAACAACAGUGUGGUGACGGCGAGAUUCAGGUUCAAGGGUCUGUAUUGAAGCUCACUUUUGCUUGCAAUUCUCUUAUUUCAUGGCCUGCUAUGUCGGUUGCGUUGGACAGUUUCUCCAUUUGUAGCAAGAGGCCACAAAUCUUUGAGAAGAAAUGUUUCACCUUAGGGGUUGUUCUUCUCGUUGUUAGGUCCGGGCAUGAAAAAUUGGUCAAGACUCGGGUUGAGAAUGCUUUGAAGUUUGCUUUAAAUAAGCCCAAAAACAAUGCUGUGAAUGUGAAGCUUGCAUUUGGACUUUGUGGGUGUCAGGAAGAGAAUUUCAAGGGGAGAGAACUAGGGGAGAUUGGAGAAGAUAGUGGUAGCGGAAAGGAGUUUGAGAAUUCUAGCCAAAAGAUUCAGCUUCAAAUGCCUUUGCCUACCUCAUCUUUCAUUGUGUCGGUAGAUGAAUGGCAGACGAUAAAGUCAGGUGGGGAUGAGAUUGCGAAAUGGUUGUUAAAUGCAGAUAUGGUUGAGUUCACAGAACAGAUUGGACCCAAUUCUUAUAAAGGAGUCUACAUGGGGAAAAGGGUUGGAAUUGAGAAGCUGAAAGGGUGUGAAAAAGGAAAUUCUUACGAGUUUGAGCUCCACAGAGAUCUUCUAGAACUGAUGACUUGUGGACAUAGAAACAUUCUGCAGUUCUGUGGUAUUUGUGUGGAUGAUAAUCAUGGGUUAUGUGUGGUGACUAAGUUCAUGGUACGUGGGUCGGUCCAUGACUUAAUGCUAAAGAACAAGAAGCUUCAGACUAAGGAUGUUGUUAGAAUCGCGGUUGAUGUAGCUGAGGGGAUCAAGUUUAUGAAUGACCAUGGUGUUGCAUAUAGAGACCUUAAUACACAGAGGAUUCUAUUAGAUAGGCAUGGGAAUGCUUGCUUGGGAGAUAUGGGUGUAGUCACUGCCUGCAAGAGUGUUAGUGAAGCAACGGAGUAUGAAACCGAUGGUUAUAGGUGGCUAGCUCCUGAGAUAAUUGCAGGAGACCCUGAGAGCGUGACAGAGACAUCUUCGAGCAACAUUUAUAGUUAUGGGAUGAUAAUUUGGGAGAUGGUAACUGGUGAGGCAGCAUAUUCUACACUUUCUCCUGUGCAGGCUGCAGUUGGUAUUGCUGCUUGUGGUCUUAGACCUGAAAUUCCCAAGGACUGUCAACCUAAUCUAAGAUACAUUAUGACAAAAUGCUGGAACAACACUCCUUCCAAACGUCCUAAGUUCUCCGAUAUUUUAGCCAUAUUGCUGCAACCAUACAACAACAAUAGGUAAAUUUCUAUGUAAAGAGAGCAUUUGUGAAAUCUAAUUUGUUGAUAGAAAAUUAUUAAGUUGGAAAUAGAGAUGAAUUCCCCAUGUUUAUAUAGCAGAAAUGAAGAUAUAUAAAUUUUCCACUUUUACAUUUGGAAGUUGCCUUCAUUAGAGGUUAGCUUUCACUUUUUCCAGGGAUGAGGGUUCGAUUCCCAUCGAGACUACUAAAAAUCCUUUUUUAUGAUGACUCAUAUUUCCUGAUAAGUGUGUUAGUUGCUCAGGGGUUGGGGUAAACUUGUAAACUGGACUAUAGUAUUUAAACUCAAGUUGUAGUAUGUUCGGAUGUGGAUUGGCUGCUGUAGCAGGACCACACAGUUUGCCACAA